AUGUUAACAAGAUCAACAAGACUACUAAAUAUCAAACAAUCAACACCUUCACUUUUAAGAUACCUAUCAAUUAAAACUUUAUCAACUCCAAAUGAAAAUGCCUUAAAAUUCCAAGUUGAUCAAAAUUUAUUACAAGAUAACACUCCAUCUAUUCAAAUAUCAAAUUCAAAUCAAUCUAUAUCUCCUUUAGCCUCAAAGAUAUUCCAAUACGCAAAAGAUGUUGAUUCUAUAUUGAUUGGCUCAAAUUUCAUCACUAUAAAUAAAGAUGAAUUUGCUCAUUGGAAUCAAGUUACUCCAUUAGUUAAAUCUAUAUUGGAGAAUCAUUUAGAAAAUAAUGAAGAAAUCAUAACAAAAGAUCAAAUCCAACAAGAUGAAUCCACUCAUGAUGAACACUAUGCUACAUUAUCUGAAGAGGAUCAAGAAAUUUCAGAUAUGGUUGCAGAAUUAAUUGAAACAAGAAUAAGACCAACUAUUCAAGAAGAUGGUGGUGAUUUAGUAUUUAUGAGAUAUUCUCAAGGGAAAGUUUAUGUUCAAUUACAAGGUGCUUGUACUAGUUGUUCAUUAAGUGAUGAUACUUUAAAAAGUGGGAUUCAAGGAAUGUUGUCUCAUUAUAUUGAUGGAAUUGAUGAAGUUGUUAAUUUGGCUGAAGUGGAAUUCAAUAAAUUUGAAGAGAAAUUGAGAGCUAAUAAAGAAUCAAGAGCUUAA